GCAAACCAGUUCAAAACUACUCACAGACAUCUCAUUCUGUCCACGUUUGUUACGAACAAGGUGGAUCAUCGUACAUACGUCCUGCAUUGCGUCUGCGUCGCCCAUCUCCUGCUCCCAAGAUGCUCACUGCUGGUUCAUUCUACCCGGUAUCUCCAACGUCUACGAGGAAACCUGCUGCCAAACGACGAAAGCUUAACACCACGAGUUCCGUGCCUCAUGUGGAACCCGACACCGCUACAAAGAAGAGCCCUACUGGGUUAGGGUGCUCUUCUCACAUGACCAUUCUCACUUGUGGAGGCAACCCACCUUUCUCUCGCUCAUCUAAACUUUCUUGUUCGACAUGCCAUAGAGCAUUGCCGACUGUGCGUCCUGACGGGUCUGCCAUGGUAUGCUCAAGAUGUUUGGAGCCGACCUGUAACAUUUGCUCACGAACAUGCACGUCCUAUACACGACCUUCUUCGUUCCCGCCAACUCCAGCAUUAACGCGAUCGCCGACACCAUCUACGAGCCAUGGGAUCAGUCCGUCCAAUUCUUGCUUUGCUUCGCCCAGACGAGUAGCAUUAACACCAGGCUGGUCUGCCGUGAACUGCGAAAACACAGCUACUACCAUCCCUUCAGUCAAGCGCAAGAAGGCACCUAGUGACCCAGACCACGGUGAUAUCGGUAUCACGUUUUGCGAUCAGCAAUCCGAUAAUCCUCUAUGUGAGGUCAUCGAUGACAGCACUGUAUCAGUAGUGGUUCCAGGAUGUGGACGCUCUAUAUGUCGAACAUGCUGUGUCGAGAGCGUGGCAAAUGACGGAACCCUAUGCAUGGAUUGUUAUGCAUUGGUGUGACACGUCCUAUUAGAACUCUUUGUCUCGGAAGGGCUUCCCUGUUUUGUUCUUUGUCCUGCAAUCAUGUUUCAUUACGGAACCUUGCACAUACUCAUCUCACAUU